ACAAACACAAGCAAACAAGUAGUUAGCUAGCUAGAGAAAUAGAGAAUAUGGUAGUUGUUUCUUCUUCCUCCUCUUCCUUCCUUCUCCUCACUGCUCUUGUUGUGUUGGUUUCAUGGCAGGCCUUUGCCUCAGAUCCUAGCCCUCUCCAGGACUUCUGUGUGGCCGACAUGUACUCGCCAGUGCGUGUUAAUGGGUUUGCCUGCAAGAACCCAAUGGAUGUGAACGCGGAUGACUUCUUCAAGGCUGCCAUGCUCGAUACUCCUAGGAACACAAUGGGAAGCAAGGUUGGGUCUAACGUCACCCUAGUCAGUGCGGUGCAGCUCCCUGGCCUCAACACCCUUGGUAUCUCAAUUGCACGUAUCGACUAUGCGCCCUUGGGACAGAACCCACCACACACGCACCCCCGCGCCACUGAGAUCCUCAUUGUGCUUGAGGGUACGCUUUGUGUCGGCUUUGUCACAUCCAACCCAGACAACAAGCUCUUCUCCAAAGUACUCAACAAGGGUGACGUGUUCGUGUUUCCCGUGGGUCUCAUCCACUUUCAAUUCAAUCAUGACCCCUACAAGCCUGCUGUUGCAAUUGUUGCGCUUAGUAGCCAAAAUCCUGGGACGAUCACCAUUGCAAACGCAGUUUUUGGAUCAAAACCACCUAUCUCCGAUGAUGUUUUGGCCAAGGCAUUUCAGGUGGAAAAGGAGACUAUAGACUGGCUUCAGGCUCAGUUCUGGGAAGACAACAAUUACUAAUUAUAUCUGAACCAGUUUACUACAAUAACCCACACAUAUAUUCGACUUAUGUGCUUAAAACACCGUUAUAAAAUAUAAAAUAUUAUAUGUAUUGAUGUACUGAUGUGUGCCUGUGAGCAGUGAAGUGUCUAUUUCCUUAUAAUCUGGAAAAAAUGUAUUUUAUAGACAUGUAUACCUAGCAACUGCUAUAAAUAAUAUAUGCAUGUCUGUUUUGGGGUGUGUUAUAACAGUAUGUAUGUUGGGCUUUCCCUUUUUUUCAUGAAAUCUCUUUUCCCUGGGUUUGCAAAACGUUCAGU